CGGGACGAUUGGACCGCAGUACACGGGUAAGCUGCGGGCUGCGAGCGUGAUUCCGCGUGCUCGUCCCCCCCUAUGAAACUCUCUUUUAGCUCAGAUCUUUAGAGCCGUCGUGGUUUGCUGCUGGUGCUCGAGCUCUCCUCCUCCUCCUCCUCGUCGGAUCCUCGAAUCCCCAAUCUCGCCAUGUCGAAGAGAAAGGUCAGGGAGCCCAAGGAGGAGACCGUCACGCUCGGCCCCGCCGUGCGCGAGGGCGAGUACGUCUUCGGCGUCGCCCACAUCUUCGCCUCCUUCAACGACACCUUCAUCCAUGUCACCGACCUCUCUGGGAGGGAAACCCUUGUUCGCAUCACCGGCGGCAUGAAGGUGAAAGCUGACAGGGAUGAAUCGUCACCUUAUGCAGCCAUGCUUGCAGCCCAAGAUGUGGCUCAGCGAUGCAAGGAGCUUGGUGUUACUGCCCUUCACAUUAAGCUUCGUGCUACUGGAGGAAAUAAGACCAAGACCCCAGGUCCGGGUGCUCAGUCAGCACUUCGAGCCCUUGCACGUUCUGGCAUGAAAAUUGGUCGCAUAGAGGAUGUGACACCGAUACCAACCGACAGUACUCGCAGAAAGAGUGGUAGAAGGGGGAGAAGGCUGUGAUUGCUCUUGGCAUCAGGCAUGCAAUUAUGUUGCUGCUUUUUCUGCGAGGUUCAGCAUUAGACGCAAGUUUUCACUUUUCUUGCUGCCGUUGUGACUACUUAUGUUAACACUCAUUUUUGAGCCAGUUUAAGACAAAGUUUUGGAUCUAGUUUCUUGCUGUUAUUUUAGCUUGAGCCUCAUCUUUGUCCUCUUACACUGUAAGUCUUGUGCCUCAUUUGAUGCUUUAUUUGUGGCUCGUUUUGCGUACGCAUCUGAAUCUGAAUUACUUCCCUCUUAUCAAAGAACUGAGGAGGUAGAGGUUUUUGGA